AUGGGCAGCCUGGGUGUUUGGGCUGUGGCCGCUCUGUUGGGAAUCUCAGGGUGCUGGCUGGCUGAAGGCCACAAGAGCAGCAGGCGAGGCAGCGUGGAUGCAGCCAGCAUGUCACAGACUUCCUCCCAAGAACCACACUCCAUGGAUAAGGGGAAGGCAGACGGGAACAUCGAUCAAUCCCUUUCCGACCCAGAUGGAGACCCCUGUCGGAGGACCUACUGCGGACGGGGUCGACAGUGUGUGUUAAUGGCAGAAACCGGCAGAGCUGAGUGUGUUUGCCAGGAAAAAUGCCGGCCCUCCUUUGUGCCGGUGUGUGGCUCAGACGGCAGGUUCUACGAGAACCACUGCGAGGUUUACCGCACCGCCUGCCUGCAGAGGAGACGGAUCUAUGUGGUGCACAGCAAGGACUGCUUCUUUAAAGGCAAUGCAUGCACCAUGUCAGAAUACAACAGGCUGAAAAGCAUGCUGCUGGAUAUGCAACCUAAAGUGCUGAACACUGGAGAGAAGAGCCAGCAGAGAGACAUGGAGGAGAAGAGAGCACUGGUGGACACUAUGUUCAAAUACCUGGACGCGGACCAAAAUGGUCGGCUGGUCAGUGAUGAACUUGAAAAGAUCUCUAUGAAAGAGCACCUGGAGGACAGCUUAAUGGAGUGCACCAUGCAGGACCUGCUGCGUUACGACGACUACAACAACGACGGACAUCUCAGCCUGCACGAGUUCUACACGGCUUUCCAGGUUGUCCAGCUGAGCCUGGCAGAGGACCAGCAGAUCAGCGACUCCACGGUAACAGUGGGCCUCAGUGCAGUCCUUACCUGUGCCAUCCAGGGGACGCUGCGCCCACCAAUCAUCUGGAAGAGGAAUGGCAUCAUACUUAACUUUUUGGACCUGGAGGAUAUCAAUGACUUUGGGGACGAUGGCUCCCUGUACAUCACCAAGGUGACAACUAUCCACAUGGGAAACUACAGUUGCCAUGCCUACGGCUAUGAAGACCUCUAUCAGACACAUGUGCUGCAGGUGAAUGUCCCUCCAGUGAUCCUGGUCUAUCCAGAGACGCAGGCCCAGGAGCCGGGAGUAUCUGCCAGCCUCCACUGCCACGCCGACGGCAUCCCAAAUCCCAAACUCCUCUGGCUGAAGAAUGGCAUGGACCUGCAGCCCAGAUCCUCCAAACAGCUUUCUCUCAUAGCAAAUGGUAGCGAGCUCUUCAUUGGCAGUGUCCGGUACGAGGACACCGGAGCUUACACCUGCAUCGCCAAGAAUGAGGUGGGAGUGGACGAAGAUAUCUCCUCUCUGUUUGUUGAAGAUUCAGCCAAGAAGACCCUUGCAAACAUUUUAUGGAGAGAAGAAGGGUUGAGUGUGGGAAAUAUGUUCUAUGUGUUUUCUGAUGAGGGCAUCACAGUUCUUCAGCCCAGUGAAUGUGAGAUUCGCAGACACAUGAAGCGGACAGAGAGGAUUGUUGCUACCUAUGAGGAGAUGUGCCCUAAAGGUGAGGGGGUGUCACCCCAGCGCUGCGUUUGGUCCUCAGCAGUCAACAUCAGGGAUAAGUACAUCUACGUGACGCAGCCCCUCCAGAGCCGACUGCUAGUCGUCGAUAUCCAGGCGCAGAAGGUGGUGCAGGUGGUAGCAACAGAUCCUUUCCCAGUGAAGAUGCUCUAUGACAAGUCACAUGAUCAGGUGUGGGUUCUAACAUGGGGCGAUAUGGACAGAACACACCCAACACUUCAGGUAAUUCCUCAAGCCAGUGUGGGAGAAGUACAUCACGCUAUCCGCACAACAUUCCAGAGAGUCAACGACUUCUUCAUCCCUCCAACCAACCUCAUCAUCACUCACGUGAGGUUUGCCUUUGUGUUCCUCAAAAACGAACCCGCGGUGCACAAGAUCGACCUGGAGACCUUCCACCGCGUCAAGACCAUCAGCCUGAAAAACUACAGCUGCGUGCCGGUGAGCAUGGCCUACACGCAUCUGAGCGGCUUCUACUUCGUCCAGUGUCAGAGCAAAGGUCACUUGCACGCCCCAUCGCAGCUGCUCAUCGACAGUGUGACGGACACCGUGAUCGGCCCGAACCUAAACAUCACGGGGAAAGCCUUCGUGUCACCGGACGGCCGCUACAUUGUGACACCUGACCUGCAGAGCUCAAAGCUGAUAGUACAGACAGUCUCGUUCCAGGGUGAGCUUGGUCUCAACCAGGAAAUGGAUGAGCCUAUAGCUGUGUCUGAUCUGGUUUUCCAGCCCUCCUUCACGGAGUCCAACCAGCACGUGGUGGUGGCCACCUCAAGCUCAGGCACGGACCUGCUAUUUGCCGAUCUCUCCUCAGGCCGCACGGAGGUUUUGCGGAGCCUCAAGGAGCCCCUGUCCCCUCAAGCCUGGCCCUGGGUAGGCCCCAACAGAGUGGUGGUCUCCAGCGGGUUGUUCGGACAGUAUCUGGUCACACCGUCGGCCGAGUCCCUCUUUGUCCUGAACGGCAAACAGAGAACGCCGCACUGCGAGGUUUCAGACAUCAAGAGGGGGAACACAGUUGUCUGGGUCGGCGAGGUAUGA